UGUGGCGUAGAGGAGAUCGUGAGCCAUGGAUGUGUUCAUGAAAGGACUUUCAAAGGCCAAGGAGGGAGUUGUGGCUGCUGCUGAAAAAACCAAACAGGGUGUGGCAGAAGCAGCGGGGAAGACAAAAGAGGGUGUUCUCUAUGUAGGCUCCAAAACCAAGGAAGGAGUGGUUCAUGGUGUGACAACAGUGGCUGAGAAGACCAAAGAACAAGUGACAAAUGUUGGAGGAGCAGUGGUGACGGGCGUGACAGCAGUGGCGCAGAAGACAGUGGAGGGAGCUGGGAACAUUGCAGCUGCCACUGGCUUUGUCAAAAAGGACCAGCUGGGCAAGAGUGAAGAAGGAUCUCCCCAGGAAGGAAUUCUGGAAGAUAUGCCUGUGGAGCCUGACAGUGAGGCCUAUGAAAUGCCCUCUGAGGAAGGCUAUCAAGACUACGAACCUGAAGCCUAAGAAAUACUUCUGCUCCCAUUUCCUUGAGAGCUGUGGACAGAUGUUCCAUCCUGUACAAGUGCUCAGUUCCAGUGUGCGCAGUCAUGACAUUUCCUCAGAGUUUUACGGUGUGUUUUGAAGUCUUCCAUCAGCAGUGGUUGUAGUCUCUGUACCUGCCCCAUCAGCAUUUCGGUGCUCCCCCUCACUGAAGUGAAUGUAUGGUAGCAGCCUCCUGUGUGCUGUGGAUAGUGUGGCUUCCAAUCUAAAACGUUAAAACAAAUUAAAAACACCCAAGUGACUACUACGUAUUUCUAAAUCUCCACUAUUUUUCUGUUGCUGUUGUUGAGAAGUUGUAAGUGAUCUCCUCUCAUAUAUUAUAAAAUUUCAGGUGUCUUUAAUGAUUCUGUCUAAGAAUAACGAUAUAUUGUGAAAUUUGUUCAAAUAUAUAAUAUACAAAAAGAUGUGCGCAUGAAUCUAUGCACCUAUAAAUACUAACUAUGAAAUUUUACUGUUUUGUGAUGUGUUUUAUUAACUUGUGUUUGUAUAUAAUGGUGAAAAUUAAAAUAAAAUGUUAUCUCAUUACAAAAUA